CGAGAUCACUCCCCCCCUCGAAACUCGAGACCGUUACGUCCCCCCCGCCUCCGCCUCCGCCUUCGGACGCAAACACAAACCACCACCACCUCCCAUUCCUCCGCUUCCACCUCCACCUCUCUCUCUCUCUCCCUCUCGCGACGAAUCGAGGAGGGGGAUCGAUCGAUCGAUCACCCGCGACGCCGUGUUCCCAUGGAUCGCUUGUCGCGGCCGGCGAGCCCCGCGGGCGGGUACGCUCGCCGGGGCAGCGGCGGCGGGUACGGGCACCACUACUACGGGGGCGGUGGCGGUGGAUCGGCGCAGACGUCGCCGCCGGGUGGAUCUCCGACGGCGUCGCCCGUGCACCGCCACGCGCGGACGGGGUCGCUGGGUGGCGCGGGGGCGGCGUCCACCGUGGGGCGACGUGGCCGCGCGCAUAAUACCGCGGCGAGGGCCGCGGCGCAGCGGCUCGCGCGGGUCAUGGCGUCCACCGACGGCGCGGGGGUAGGAGGAGGAGGCGGCGGCGUGGGUGGUGGUGGGGAUGGGGGCAGCGGCAGCGACGACGACGAGUACGAGCUCUCGGGGCCACCCAUCGAGCUCUCCUCCACCCCGCGGCGCACCGGCACCCGCUCCCCUUCCCCAUCGAUAGGUCGUUACCUUUCGGAUCAGGCUCCGGUGAGCCGACCACCGUCGUUGACGAACCGAUACACGCCCGGGAAGUCAGUUCCGAUGAUACCUUCGAUCAAGCAACAGAACCGGCCAGCGACGAGCGGUCCAGGGUCAGAGUCGCCCGCAAUAAAUCGACGGGAGCAAAGGAGAUCAGUUGAUCUUGGAAGCUCUCUAAGAGCGCGGCGCACAUCUUCUUCUCUUCAUGAUGAGAUUAACUCACUCCAAGUGGAAACCGAGGGCAUGUACGAAAAAUUUAACCUUGCAGAAGAAAGGAGUGAGGAAGGAGAUGCUAAGUCCAUGCACAUGGCUGCUGUUAUUGCUGAUGCUAUAGAGCCAGAGGCCAAUCUGAUUAGCAGAAAGGAUGCAGCGCUACAACAAAGAAAGGCUUCAUUGAGAAGUGCUUCAAGAAGGUCUAACAGCGCUAGCUGUGAUGAAAUUGCAGCCCUUCGGUCAGAAGCAAAGGUUGCCAAUUCUGUAUCAUCCGUAUCUCAGCGUCUAAAAAGUACGGGAUCAAUCGUGAGAUCUCUUCACGGAGCAACCAAUAGAAUGGUCCUGUCUCAAGAAGAGAUGGAGGAGGUGGUGCUAAAGAGAUGUUGGCUUGCUCGCUACUGGAAACUGUGUGUUAGACUUGGUAUACAUUGUGAUAUUGCUGAAGAAAAACAAGAAUACUGGUCAUCAUUUGCACCACUUUCACUUGAAGUUGUCCUGUCAAUUGGGCAAAAAGCUAGAGAUGGAGCAUUGUCAGAUCAUGCUGACAUGGAGACCAAAAGCAAAAUGUCUGACGCAAGUCACGUGAAUGAUAUGAGUGGAGAUGGAAAUAUUGAGAGCAUGCUUUUAGUUGAGAGAGGACUACGUGAAUUAUCUUCACUCAAGAGGACGCAGUCAUGCUUGCUUUAUCAGAACAUCGACGCGUCAGACCUCUCUCAGGUGGCUUCUCCAAAAUGUCCAUCUUCUGAAGGCCAGAACCCUCCAGAGUCAUUAGAAUUAAGCGAGGAAGAGCAAGACGACGUACGCUUCAAGCAGUCAUGGUUAACCUACUUCUGGAGACGGGCCAAAAGUCAUGACAUAGAAGAAGAUAUAGCUGAUGAGCGGCUACAGUUUUGGAUAGAACAAGGCAAUCAUCCAGUUUCUACGAUCGAUAUCAUAGAAGUUGAGAGAGGACUUACUGAGCUGAGGAAGCUGGGAAUCGAGUCUCAGCUGUGGGAAUCGACGAGGAGAUCUCUCGACGAUGACUUUAGCAAUCACGGGAGCCCAACCGGAUCAGAAAUUUAGCAGAAACAUAAUAAUGGAACGAGGCCUAGUGCCAAUUUUGUUUUUGUUCGCUGGUCCUAGAGUCUCAUUGUUUUUGCGCACUUGUCAUAUAUAUUCAUUCAUGUAAAAGUUUUGAUCGGAACCAAAACUAAAUUCUCUCUCCUGGAAUCUCUCCUUUUUAAUUUUCUGGUAUGUUAAUUUAUUAUUCUGUUAAAGCAAAAGUGCUGGAUUAAUCAUGGAAUCAUCAGUA